GAUUGCGCUUUGGGCACUAUAAACAGUAUUAAGAAGCAUAUUAGCCAAUCAGAAAACGUGAAUGUGCCUCUCUGCCUGUCAAUCAUUUUGUGGGUUUGCAGACAAGUAUUUGGAGGGCGGAGUUUUGGAGAGAGGGCGUGUGGUUGAAGAGAUGGGGGCGGGUCUAAUUUAGCGGCUGGGAUGAAAAUAAAUGUAUAUCUUGAUUUUCGCAACAGAGAUUAAUAACAACCAAUGAACCCAGUUAGAUCAAAUAAGUGCCCGUUAAAUUUUUCCAUCCAUUACAAGAAAAGUAAAUACAAACAAAUUAGCAUUUGCGAGUAUUUACUAUAGAAUAUACCGAUUUUGUAUUUGGUAUGAACGGACUAAAGCUAACUUCCUAACCAAACGUCGUUUAACUCCGCCCUCUUUGGCUCUCUCAUUCUUCUGAACUCCCUCCCAUCAGUUUUGUUUCCACGUUUAGACUGCUGUCACCCGGAAGUUUCCAAUGGAUAAUGUUGGCAAUUACAGCGCGCUGAUUUGUUCGUCCAUUGUGGCUCCGUCACUCCUUCACUGAACCGAAUGACCGAGGAUGAAUCUCCCCGUUAACAUUAUAGAGAAGUGCAUGACCAGAGGCUGCAUGUGUGUGAUGUGUCCGGGAUCUCAGUAAAGACAGGGACAUUUCGGCAGGAUGCUCCGGCUGUUUGCGGCUCUGGUGAUUGUUGGGCUUCUGCUCGCCUGCUUCACUUCCUGGGUGUUUGACAGCUAUGACACUGCUUGGCACCCUAAACGCAGUUUGGAUCAAUCCGGUGAUGAAAGCAAGAGGAUCGGCCCACCGUAUCCCGGCGGACAGCUGGAGAAUAUCUUUUGGUUUGUGCAGGUAUCUGACAUCCAUAUCAGUCGUUUCCGUGAUCCGAGGCGCAUUCCAGACUUCGAAAGGUUUUGUAGUGACACUAUUGAUGUGAUAAAACCAGAUCUUGUGCUGGCCACAGGGGACUUAACAGAUGCAAAGACUGAGAGCAAAAUAGGCUCUCUUCAACAUGAGGUGGAGUGGCAGUCCUACCAGAACGUCCUUAAAAGAUCACGAGUGCUGGAGCACACAAAAUGGAUCGACAUUCGGGGAAACCAUGAUGCCUUUAAUAUUUUAUCUCUGGAGAGCAUGAACAAUUACUACAGGAAGUACUCUGCCAAUCAGAAAGUUGGAUCCUUCCACUACAUCCACAGAACUUCUUUUGGAAACUACUCGUUCAUUUGUGCUGAUGCCACUCUAACCCCUGGGCCCAAACGGCCCUAUAACUUUUUUGGGAUCCUCAAUCAGACUCAGAUGGACUUGUUGGCGACCUUUAGAGAAGAGAGUCUGAGCAGUAACAAGUCCAUCUGGUUUGGGCAUUAUACCACAUCUACCAUCAUUUCACCUUUUCCAGGAGUCAGAGAACUCAUGAGUACAGCUGUGGCGUAUCUGUGUGGGCACUUGCACACACUAGGAGGCUUCAUGCCAGUACUGCAUAGUAGACAUCAAGGAGGCACGCUGGAGCUAGAGCUUGGAGACUGGAUGGACAACCGCAGGUACAGGAUACUGGCUUUUGAUCAUGACCUGCUUAGUUUCUCCGACCUGACCUUUGAGGACUGGCCAGCUGUGCUGAUCACCAAUCCCAAAGAUGCACAGUACCUGCACCCAGGAGUGGAGCCUCUGGUUCGCAUUCGCAGUUCCACACACAUCAGGGUCCUCGCUUUCUCAGAAUCUCCAAUCACAGCCGUGUAUGUGAAUGUGGAUGAAGUUCCGCUGGGAAAAGCUGUCAGUGCAGGCGGACCUCUUUAUGUACUGCACUGGGAUCCAUCACUUUACGCCACUGGACUGCACACCAUCAGUGUUAAAGUGGAGGACUCAGCAGGUCGCUCCAAAGUGCGAGAGCAGCAUUUCACCCUAGAAGAGGAUCUCACCCCCAGUUUUGGCUUCAUACAAUCCUUCAUCCUGCUAACAGAUCACUACAUACUGGCACGGAUUGCCUUUGUGGCAAUAGUGUCACUAAACCUAGGCGGGCUUGUAGUCUUCAGAUUUAUGCGUGUAUCCUCUGCAAGAGGUAUGUCAGUUGAAGCAUGGAUGUCCCUACAUCUUGUCAGUAAGAUCAACACCUUCUACUACUCUCUGCUGCUGUUCAACCUGUGCACAGCAUUGGGUCCAUGGUUCAUUGGGGAAGUAAUUGAUGGACACAAUGGGGCCUGCUUUGCUUUUGGCGUGUUUGUGGAUGGGCAUUUCCUUGAAGGCAGUCUAACCUAUGUCGUAGGAGUUAUACAGGUGCUCUUCUUCAAUAUGCCUCUCACUUAUUAUCUCUGCUGGAGUCUACAUCACAGGUGUCGCGGCGCCAACUUUCGUUCGCACUUCUGCUGCCCAGGGUGCCGCUGGCGGACUCUGGCUGUGCACCUGGGCAUGCUGGUCCUCUUGAUCUGGCAGGCCUAUUCUUGCUACUUCCUGUUGGAGACCUACGGGCCUCUGGCCUUCUUCCUGUCUCCGGUACGUACCUGGGCCCUGCUUAUGGGCUUGCUGCUGGUGUACAGGGUGUGGUGUGGACCGCCUCCUCGAUUCUCUGAUGGCAACAAGACCAACAGACCAUUGUGACAGUGACAGUUGAAGAGAGGCCUUCACUUGUUUUAUUCUCUUGAUGGAUGUUGUUUUGUGCCAAGAUCUUCCCUCCUGCCCCUCUUUUCACAAUCACUGAAAUCCUUUAUAUGAAUGGAUGACCGCAUCACACAUGGAUGACAGGGAUCUUUCAAACCUGGUUCUGAUACUCCAUUGACAGUAAGACACAUUUUUAGAUUUUAUAGCAAACUGCCACAGUUUUGAACCCAAACAGUUUUAUGUUGAAGUCUUGCCAGUCUUGAAAGAUGUAUGUGGUUAAGCACACCUACCUAUUACUUUGAUAAACUGCACAUUAUGUUCUUUUUUAUUUUGAAUUACAUGUCUGUUUUAUUUGUGAAAGGCAGUCAAGAAUGGAAUAAGACUGCCUGUUACUCUUAAUAAAUAAUGUUUCUGCAUAAAUCCCAAUCUAAUCAGAUUCAAAUAAUGGGUGGGUGAAUCUCAUGAAACCUGUCAGGUACAAGUUGCAUUUAACCUCAAAAAUUUUAGAAAGGAAUAAUAUUUUAAUUAAAGAAAAUGCAGCUAUUUUUUUAAGGCCAUUAAGAUUUGUUUUCCUCUUUACUGUAGUGCAAAAAAAUAGUGUGUGUGUGUGUGUGUGUGUGUAUACAUACACACACACACACUCACACACACACUCACCGG